AUGUCACCCUCACCUGCUUCUCCCUCCUUCUCUCCGUCUGCUCCUCCUCCAUCCACUUUACCACCUCUCUCGCCAUCUUCCUCCUCUGCUGCUGCCUCCCCCCAGCCUACUCAAGCCCAGUUGAACCUCGCCGCGUUGGCCAGGUCUCCGUCAUCGCCGCGGACCAUGCGAGGCUUGCGCAAGAUCAAGUCCCAUCAGGUUCUCUCUUCCCAUCCGCCGCCGCCGCCGCCUUCGUCGUCGGGGCGCCUCUCGGCCGGCGCCGAGGAGCUCACCGCGCCCGGACCACAACUUGACUCCCCCGUGCGGCUUCGCAGCACGCAUCGUCGCACACGUUCUAAUAGUGACGCUUCCUCCCGCGAGCCACCAAUACUUGCAACGCACCGCCGACCCGGUAGGAAGACCGGUUCUGGGUUUGGAGUCAAAAGAUCUCUGCUCGAGUCGCUUCUGCGCGAUGGUCCGCAACAUGGGAACAUUCGGGAAGGUCUACAGGAAUUGCGUUAUCUGGUUCUCUCGACGCGCGUUGAAGCAGACGCCGAUGGCAUGUCUACCUAUCGAGUAUACCUCUGGCUCGUCCUUCUCGAUACGCCCCCCGUUUCGACCGACGAAUACCUCUCCCUCAUUCACCGAGGUCGUUCCCCCGCCUAUGCUAAGAUCCGCAAUGAUACCUUUCGCACACUGGCCACCGAUCCCCUUUUCAAACGGCGCGUCACGGAAGCCAGUCUAAUUCGACUCCUCAACGCCGUCGCAUGGAAGCUUCACGAUGCGAAGAACAAGCCUCGCUCCCGUCCACGACUUUCGACCGGCCGCCGGCGCGAGAUGGAGCUCCUCAUCAACACACCUCCCAGCAUAGCAGAAGAACCCUCCUUGACUGGGAGCACACCUGGCAGUGUGAUCAGCAACAGCACCGGCAGCGCUUUCGGCAGUCCCGGCAUUACCAAUGAAUCUGCCAUCUACGUACAGGGAAUGAACGUCUUAUGCGCUCCAUUCCUCUACGCCGCCCGCAGUGAGGUGGAGGCUUUCGCCCUCUUCCAUUCCUUCAUCCUCCGCGAAUGUCCGGGCUACAUCCGGGGAGCUAUGGACGGCGUCCAUCGGGGGUUGCGACUUGUCGAUCGAUGUUUGGAGAUCGUCGAGCCCAAAUUAGCAGCUUACCUCUUUUCCAAGGGUCUGCAGGCCGAGCUGUACGCAUUUCCCUCCGUGUUGACCCUGUGUGCAUGCACGCCCCCUCUCCCGGAGGUCCUGCACCUAUGGGACUUCUUGUUCGCGUACGGGCCACACCUGAAUAUCCUAUGCAUUGUCGCGCAAUUGAUCCGCAUGAGGGAUGUGAUCCUGGACAGCCCAAGUCCCAACAAAGUCCUCCGAUCCUUCCCUCCCCUUGACGCCAAGGAGAUCAUCGCUUUGACCGUCUUGCUGGUUCGCAAAAUCCCUGAACCGCUCUACGCCGAGUUAAUCGACCACGCCAAAUGA